AUGGCUCUUGAAGUGAAACAAGAGGUCAAAUUGAAUGAAGCUGAGCAGCCUGCCCAGCCAGUAAGUCCAAAAUCCACAGCAGCUGACAGUGCAACGCUGCACUUUGAAGAGGCCGUUUUGCCAGAGGUGGACAGUACUGGCAUUGAGCCGUUCAAAGAAAGUGUCUUGAAGGCUUUGCAGGAAGUGCUGGACCGUUUUGGGUCUGUAACCAAUUUCCUGCAGCAGCACCAUGGCUCCCCAAGAGAGAUGCAGCAGUUGGCCAAUAGCCUGCAUCACUUGUGCCAAGAAGGAUGGACUGAGUGGAAGGUGGAUGCCGCCGCUUUGACAGCUUGCUCGCCUGAGUUGAGGGACGCUCCAAGUAUCCAGCUUCCUUUCGCAGCCUUUGGUUUUGGACCAAUGUGCAGUGUGAGGUCUGUGCCUGACAACCACACUGUUCUUGAGAUUGCCGAGAGCAUCUUGAACGAUGGUUUCAUGUCCACGAAUCAGCCAGUCAUGGCUAUGCAAAGCGCUGACACCUUGCAAAGCGCAAACAUUGCAGGUGUUCACCCACCAUGGACUGGCAAGCUUUUGCCAUUCUCAGUUGGAUUUUCCAAAGGGAGAACGCGCAUCCAUGCUCUCUUGGCCAUCGCCACCAUUGUUUUUGACAAUGGAAUCGACCUGAAGAAGGUUCAUCCCCAGCUGGCCAAGUCGAUGACUUGCAUUCAUGUGCAAGUGUUGGAGCACGCAUCAAAACAACAGGAACUUAUCUACAACUUCAAGGAAUCCAGCCGUGGCUCAUUGAGGAAGCCGCCAAGUAUCAUGACUUGGGUGCAAUCGAUCAAGCAGCUGAGAGAUCAAGGGGCAGAAGUUGAUUUGCCUAUGAUUAUCAAGAAGUUCAAUGCCGGGACCAACAAAUCCCUGCAACUUGUAGGGGCCAAGGCAGUGUCAGUGCGGAACUUGUUGGAAUCUGUUCCAUCAGAAGCCCUUGCAGUGGUUGAAGGGCAUGUUCAAAAGCUUGGAUGGGCAAGGGCCAGAAGAACCUUCACCAAAGAUGAGUUGGAGUCCAAGGCUGAGGAAGCGGCUUUCAUCAUCAAUGCCGGCAUGUUGGCGCAAUCGGAGGUUCCCUUUUCAGAUGACCUUUUGAAGGAGAAGUGGCUAGAUCCCUAUGCUGCUGCCGAUGCCACUUUGGUUUUGGAAGUUCAGUGCACUCUUGGCCAGAAAGAUCCUCAGAUGGACUGCCAUGCGACCAACCGGCCAGUCGGUGACACUGGGUCUGAAUCUGUGCACAUUGCCAACCUCGAGGCAGAUGCCUUUGAGUUGCUCAAGAAGAGAAUUGAGUAUGAUUUGAAAUGCCUGAAGGCUUACCGCUCGAAAUUAGAAAGCCAUGAAACAGCAGAGUUUCAUGCCCAGCUGACACACCGGAAGAAUGCUUACGAUGCUUCUGUGACAGCUGCAAAGAAGCUAUUGGCCGCCAAUGUGAAAGUGCUCACCACCAACCAGCUGCACACUGUCAUGCAGGACUACAACAACUUUGUGGACCAGUUUUGCAAGGCCUAUGGUUUGCGCAAGGAUGCAGUGGUUCAGUUCUUAGUGAGCUGA